GCCUGAGCUGAGAGAGCAAAAAAAAGCAUGAGGAGCUGUAGGCAGAGCGGGCGGGGGCACUCCCUGACUCAAAAUUGAGUGACGAGCCAGCGCAGUUUCCUCCAUCCGGCCCCGCUCGCCAUGUGUGUCAUACACUCAGACUCAUGAUUCAUCUCCUGGACUGCUCAAAUGCUCUGGCCACUCCAGAGCUCUUCUCCAUCGCUCACGGCGGGGCUGGUCCAAGCAGCCCCCCGCGCUCAGGGCUCGGAGGAGAAGAUGGGAAAACUCUACGUGGCUGUUGGGAUCCUCAUGCUCUGCGCUGUUGGCGGCUGGGGGGGUAACAUCUGCACCACCCGUGGGGUGAACUCCUGCAAGCAGUGCCUGGCUGUGAGCCCCCUCUGUGCCUGGUGCUCCAUGGAGAUGCAAUCAUCCCCUCGCUGUGACCUGCUUGCCAACCUGCAAAAAAGUUGCAGGCAGGAAUAUAUUGAGUUCCCCACCAGCACCGUAACCAUCCUGGAGGACCAACCCCUCAGUGACAAGGGCUCGGGGAGCUCCACCACCACGCAGAUGAGCCCCCAGAAAAUACAACUGAACCUGCGGCCGGAUGACUCCCAGAUCUUUCAUGUCCAAGUGCGUCAAGUGGAAGACUACCCCGUGGACAUCUACUACCUGAUGGACCUGUCCAACUCCAUGAAGGAUGAUCUGAGGAACAUCCAAUACCUGGGUACCAAGCUGGCCAGCGAGAUGCGCAAGCUCACCAGCAACCUACGCAUCGGCUUUGGAGCCUUUGUGGACAAGCCCAUUUCCCCCUAUAUGUAUAUCUCUCCUCCUCAAGCCAUCGCAAACCCUUGCUAUGAGAUUGGGGAAACCUGCCUGCCCAUGUUUGGCUACAAACAUGUCUUGUCACUCACGGAUGAGGUGACCCGCUUCAAUGAGGAGGUGCAGAAACAAAAUGUCUCACGGAACCGUGACGCGCCUGAGGGCGGCUUCGAUGCCAUCAUCCAGGCCACUGUGUGUGAUGAGAAAAUCGGAUGGAGGAACGAUGCUUCCCACCUACUCGUCUUCACCACGGAUGCCAAGACCCACAUUGCGCUGGAUGGCAGGCUGGCUGGCAUCGUGCAGCCCAACGAUGCCCAGUGCCACAUUGACAAGGAUAACUUCUACUCUGCCUCUACCACACUGGACUAUCCCUCUCUGGGUCUGAUGACUGAGAAACUAUCGCAGAAGAACAUCAACUUGAUCUUUGCUGUGACAGAUACGGUUGUUGGCCUCUACCAGAACUACAGUGAGCUGAUCCCAGGCACCACCGUUGGCACUUUGUCCAGAGACUCCAGCAAUGUCCUGCAGCUCAUAGUGGACUCUUAUGGGAAAAUCCGCUCCAAGGUGGAGCUGGAGGUGCGUGACCUCCCUGAAGAGCUCUCGCUGGCCUUCAAUGCCACCUGCCUCAAUGAUGAGGUCAUCCCUGGGCUCAAGUCUUGCGUGGGGCUCAAGAUCGGGGACACGGUGAGCUUCAGCAUUGAGGCCAAGGUGCGGGGAUGCCCACGGGAGCGGCAGAAAUCCUUCACCAUCAAACCUGUGGGCUUCAAGGACAGCCUGACAGUGGUGGUGAACUUCGACUGUGACUGCUCCUGUGAGAGCCAAGCCAAGGCCAACAGCUCAUUCUGCAGCCAAGGCAAUGGCACGCUGGAGUGCGGCGUGUGCCGCUGCAACCCCGGGCGCCUGGGCUCGCACUGCGAGUGCUCGGAGGAGGAGUACAACCCCUCGCAGCAGGACAACUGCAGCCCCAAGCCAGGCCAGCCCCUCUGCAGCCAGCGUGGCGAGUGCAUCUGCGGGCAGUGCGUGUGUCACAGCAGUGAUUUUGGGAAGGUGACAGGCAAAUACUGCGAAUGCGAUGACUUCUCCUGUGUCCGCUUCAAGGGCCAAAUGUGCUCAGGCCACGGGCAGUGCAGCUGCGGGGACUGUCUGUGCGACUCAGACUGGACCGGUGACUAUUGCAACUGCACCACCCGCACCGACACAUGCAUGUCCAGCAACGGACUGGUGUGCAGCGGCCACGGCUCCUGCAUCUGCGGCAAGUGUGACUGUACGCAGCCCGGCUCCUACGGCGACACCUGUGAGAAGUGUCCCACGUGCCCGGACGCCUGCACCAUCAAAAAGGAGUGCGUGGAGUGCAAAAAGUUUGAGCGAGGAAUGCUGGUGGAGCAGCAGACCUGCAGCCGCAUGUGCCGCGAUGAGAUCGAGACGGUGCAGGAACUGGGUGACAGGGGCAAGGAUGCCGUGAACUGUACCUACAAGGACGAGGACGACUGCGUCGUGCGGUUCCAGUACUAUGAGGACUCCAGUGGCAAGUCCAUCCUCUAUGUUAUUGAGGACCGAGACUGCCCAAAGGGGCCAGACAUCCUGGUGGUCCUGCUGUCAGUGACAGGUGCCAUCCUGCUCAUCGGCCUUGCUGCCCUGCUCAUCUGGAAGCUCCUCAUCACCAUCCACGACCGCCGGGAGUUUGCCCGCUUCGAGGAGGAGAAGGCCAAGGCCAAGUGGGACACGGGCCACAACCCUUUAUAUAAAGAGGCUACGUCUACCUUCACCAACAUUACAUACCGUGGGAACAUGUAAGGAUGCCACAUCCAGUGCUGGCUGUGGGAUCAGCCGAGGAUCUGUGGGAUCUUCUGGAGUCCGGUUUACAGAAGAGCUUGUGUGUAUCUGUGUGUGAGUGUGUGUGUGUAAUUUAACAAUCCCUCGACUGCCUCCAAAGCCCUGUUGUCCAUCACCCCACUGUAACUGCAGGGAUGUGCUUUCCACAGCAAACCUCUCAUCCUUACCUCGGUGGGUCGCCUUGCAGGAGCCGGUGGCCCCUCCAUACACUGAACAUGGAGAAAUGGGACUUUCUGUGCCUGGCGCGUCUGUGAAAUGUUAGGUGUUCAUCUGGCUGAGCAGAUUAUCGGAGCAGCUGCUUGAAGCGAAGGCUGAGCUGUGCUCUCCUCCAUGGCCUGUGCUGGAGAAGCUCUGCCCACUUCGAGUCCCCUCGUGCACUGGACAGAUGUAGUCCCCCUGAGUAUGGGAGCAGUCUCCUUGGGGGACAGGGCAGCUGCGCUUGCUGGCAGCAGGCAGGAGCUGUCAUGUAGCUUUGUAGGUUGAGGACAGCCCCCUGCUGCUUGCAGCCACACAUUUCUGGUGCUGCUGUGGUCUGGGAUGGUGAAAAGCAAAUCCCCUGGUAUUGCAGUGCCCUUCUUCAUUCCCUCCAUGUGCACACAGUUUGCACCUUCAGCCAACUCUAUGUAGCAGCAGCUGCACUGGGCUCAGCUGCAGCUGGGCUCAGCCCCAGGGAUGGUGCUGAGCUCCCCUUGUUCCCGUGCCACAAAGCACAUGGCUGUGAAGGCAGCAGCCUGGGGAGGGCUGUGAUGCCCAUUAGCCUUGAGCCUGUCCACCCCUCUCCCUUUUCUUUGUUUUUUGGGCUGAAUAACUGUACCACACUUGGUUUUCUGCGUAGCUCAGAAUUCCAGAAGAGCAGGCAUGGUUCAGGCCAUGUCCUGCUGCCUGGGGCUAUGUAUUACCCGUGGUUUGCCCUGUGGGGAAAAACCAAAGAAAUGUCUGAGUAGCAGAGUUUGGCUGUAACAGCUCUGCUGCCUGAUCCAUUCCCCAGCCAGAGCAUGGUGGUUCUGGUCCCCCAGAUUGCACCAAAAAGCAACACUGACCUUGUGCCUUGUGUGGGGCUGGCCCUGAGUGCCCCAGCAGCAUGUUGGCUCAGCUGGUGGUGGCGUUGCGUCUCUGUUCCCUGGCUGGCCUGUCCCCAGCAGCAUGGGGGCAGGGGCUGGCUGCAGAGUGGGAGCUGGGGCUUAGCCCUGGAGAGGGGAGGGUUGGAUGAGCAGCAGCAGAGCUGUAGCAAUUCACAUCACAAAAAUAAAUACAAAAAAACCCCUCAAA